GUACCGAUGGUGGCGGUGGCGGUGGCGGUGGAGGCAGCUGUCACUUCCUCCGCGUUUUUACGUCGCGCGCGCGGAUACACGCGCUCGCCGCCGCGCGCGCGGAACCGUGUCCCCGGUGGCAGGCAGCGGCGCGCGGAGCGUCCUCGCGAUCCUGCUCGUCCCGUCCUGGUGUUGGCCGCCAGAUGCGUCGCGCUGCAUGCGUGGGAUAGGCGGUGCGUGUGUUCCGAGCAUACCGAGUACGUCGACGCACCGCGUACGCGUGAUAUACGCGCCGCCAGUCUCGAGCGCUUACGCGUUCUCGGCUCACGGGAAAUAUACACAGCGCGGAGGGGUGCGACACCGGUUGGGGGAGACCGUGCGAGAGGAGGACGGAGAACGAGAGUGCGUGCGCGUGUGUGAGAGAGAGAGAGGGAUCGAGUGAGGGAGCGCGCGGGGUGGAAAGAGAGAGAGAGAGAGAGAGAGAGAGGGAGAGAGACAGAGCGAGACCGAUUGUCUACGACAUGUGUCCGUGCUGAGGAUCGUAUCCCCGACUGUGCCGACCUACGAGGGUGCACCUCGAGGCAGGGAGACCGGCUCUACGAGAGAGAGGGGGAGGGUGAGAGACGCGGACGAGGAGAAAGAUAGGGAAAAAUUGUCGUUGUCCCCUGUGCCGUUCUUCGGGGUUUUGUCGUCGUCGUCUACGCGGGACCACCGAUGCAGACCUUACGGAAAAAAAACAGUCCGUGCAAAUUCAAGAAUGACCCAACCCGUUUUCUUGGGGAGGGCGUAUCGUUCAAGGCGAAACUGAUCGGUAUUCUGGAGGUAUCGGAAGCACGCGGUGACCGGAUGUGCCAGGCGGCCUUAGCUGACCUGAAGAUGGCGAUUCGCGCCGCCGGUGAACACAAGCAACGAAUCGCCGUCCAGGUCAGCAUAGACGGGCUUCGUUUGAGGGACGAAAAGACGGGGGACUGUCUGUAUCAUCAUCCGGUGCAUAAAAUAUCAUUUAUUGCUCAAGACAUGAGUGACUCGAGAGCCUUUGGUUAUAUUUUCGGCUCACCAGAUACCGGACAUCGGUUCUUCGGCAUCAAGACUGAUAAAGCGGCAAGCCAGGUGGUGAUAGCGAUGCGAGACUUGUUCCAAGUAGUGUUUGAGCUGAAGAAGAAAGAGAUCGAGUUGGCGAAACAGCAUAUAGAGCAGAAUGCCAUUAACGCGAUUAAAUUCCACACCGGCGGUAUUUUCGUUGAGCCAGCGCCCGAUACCAAGGGAGCAGCAAGCACCGAAUCCUCCUUUCAUCGAAUUCGCACGACCAACUCCGAAGUUGACAAACCCGCCGAUCGCAAAAACGAGUCGCAGAGUGGCGUGAUUGCAGAUUUGCUGGAUCUGCAAUUUGAAUUAAAUUCGCUGCAGCAAGGUAUUCAUCAGAUGGACAAAAUCACGCCGGAAAAUCCCAUGCCGUCUACCGACGACCUAUUCGAGAGCGAUCCUUUCGGUGAUUCUUUCGCAAAUAUGAAGCUUCAAGACACGGUUCGUCCGAUUUUACCACCUCCACCCUCGUCGACGAAAAGGGGACAUUUGGAGCGACAACAUACUGUACCGGUGCCGCCUAUAUCGACUUCUUCUAGUCCGGCAACAACAUUAGUUAGUAAAACGCCGCCUCCGGAGAGUUCAAUUCAUUGGUUCGACAAGGAGACCGAGAAUCUUUUCAAUGAUAGCGAGCUGACAAACCUGAAUAAGAAUUCGACGAAAAAAGAUCAAGGAGAGGACAGCUCGGCGGAGACUACACCUCGCAAUACUCAAACGAAGAGCCCGCAGAUCGACGUAUUCACGGAGCUGGAUCCUUUAGGAACAGGUCUAAUUAAGCCUUACGUGGAUAAGAAGGACUUCUUUCAACAUCUAAAGAAUCCGCCGAAGAAAGUUCUCAAGGAUCUAGUAUCCACAAAUUCGAGCGAUAGCUUUCCGACGAACUUCACAACCACAGAGUCUCUAGCAUCGAAGGCGCAGAGUGAAUCGUCGAGAGAUAGCGAAAGCAGCAACUUCGCCAACUUCGAUCAAUUCGACGAGAAUGAGGCGAAUCAGUCCUCCCAGCAAGUAAUCGAUUCGCCGCCGAAGAAAGAGACACCUGCAGGAUUGAUCCAUCAUCAGCCUCUCUCGGUAUCUCUGCCGCCGGAAGAAACGACGUCGUCUAAAGGAACGAUCGUGCCUGCGACUGCCUCAGGAAGCUCGAUUCUUCGCAGCAUGGACAGAGACUCCACGGAAUCAACACAGGCGCUGGUGAAGUUACCGAGUCCGAAGAAGUAUCUACAAUCCGUGCGAAAGAAAGACUUCGAUAUUGACUUGCCGACCAGCAAGUCUCAGUCCGUAGAAUCCAGCAAGUUUCCGGUAGACUUUUCGGUAACGAACGAGUCGCCAGCGUCGCCACUUCGGUCUUGCUCGUCGGACGCGAACUCGCGUUUGUCUAGUUCAAGCGCGGAGCUGGAUUUGGUGCCUGAACCGCCACCCAGGGGUGCGGGUAGCAUUCUUAUCAAUCCACCGCCGUUACCGCCAAAGAAGCAGAGCAUUCGUGGAGGCGCGAGACCACCGCCUAGACCGCCUCAUACAGAUGGACAUUUUCAGUAUGAUUUUCCGCAGCGCGAGGCUUCCUCGCCAUCUCCUACCAGAAUUCUCAGAGACAAGAACAAGAGUCCGCCGAGGGACGUGAAAGAUCAUCAGUUUGACGACAACUUUAGUCCGCCUCCGCAGAUGCCUGCCAGAUCGGAUUUUAUGGCUACGACGACUACCACCUCCGCUUUCGAGGACUCUUUCAGCACGAUGAUACCAUCUACAACGUCGCUGCCGUCUACGUCAUUUACUAGCAGUAUCACUGGUUCGGUUAUGGAUUCCAAAAAGACAAAACCAUCGCUCGAUAUCACGCUUAGCCAGUUGACAUCAUCCUGGACGAAUUUGGACGAGCUGGCCUCUAGCCUCGGCAUGACAGUUCAACAGCUGACAAGUUUGACCUUGACGCAACUCACACAAUGCCUAGCAAGUCUGUCGACCAAGGAAACUGUUAUCGACGAUGUAGAGGAAACUGUGAGUCCGUCAAUGGCGACGAAAGAGCAACCGGUAGUUCCGUCUAAGCCUGUGCUUUCAUCUUUGUCAUCGCUGACGUCGAAAUCACUUGAGACGACGAGCCCAAGUUCAACUUCUUUCACAAGUUCGGAAGUCUUGAAAUCUAAUUAUGAAUCGGAACCGAAGCAAGAUCCUACGUACGAUAAAUACGCGGUUUUCAGAGAACUGCUGGAAAUGGAGCAGAUAGAACGAAAGGAGGAAACAAAUGUGGAAGAGAUUGCCGACGUGGAAGAAGCAUCCAACGAAAACGUUGAACAAGUUGAUGAGGAGAAAAUCCAACCGGAAAUGCGGACCACUGAAAUCACUUCAGAUUCAUUAACGAGUUUAACUGUCAAAUUAUCAACGAAAAAUGAGAAUCUCUUGAAGGAAGAGCCCACAGCGAAAUUGAAUGAGACGAUGAUUAACUCCCUCGCCAGUCUAACGGAGCAAAAAGAAAAGUUAGAAAACGAAGAUAAAAAUAUCGAGAAGGAAAACGAGGUAAUAGCGGAUGCGGAUAUAACGUCCGAUUCAUCCACGGUUCAACAGACGGAAAUAGAUGCCGAGGACGACACGGAGAAGACUCAAACUAUCAUGGAGGAAAAAAUGGAUAAUUCAGAGAAAGGAAGCGAUGCCAAUGGCACCCUGUCUGAUAAAGUUGGCUCGGACAUCCUCAAUGAAGAGACGAACGGUUCCGUUGCCGAAAGAUCCUCGACGGAAGUAAAGUCUUCGACAUCGACGUCGAGCGACAGAUACGCUGCUUUGCGUGAGAUUAUCGGUGAACCAGAACCAUCACCGAUCAGAAAGAACGACGAAGAAAUGAGUUCCGCCAGAACGUCACCGGUGAUACAGUCUCAGCAGCCGAAGAGUCUAGCCGAGAUAGAGCUGCUAAAUCUAUUCUCCGAUAAUCUCCCACCGCCGUCGAGCCCGAAUAUCUCGGCCAAGAAGGAUUCGGUCGACCUGAAAGCCGUGGCCAUGGAUAUCUUCGAGGAAAUAAAGAUGCUGAACACUGACAUGCAUCGCGCCAAGGAUAUCAAGCCGACGCCACCUUUGACUUCAGGCUUCGAGGAUAUGUUUUGCCCGUUCUCGGAGACGACACGAUCGGAAAAGGAUGACGGCAAAGAGGAUGGCAAUUGGGCCAAGUUCGACACAGGUGUCUUCGGUUCGUCUGACAGAUCGUUGUGCGAGGGGCAACGAUCGAUAGGCGGCACUUCGCCGUGGUCACCAGAUGGCAAGGACUUCCACAAGGAGGUCCCGUUCAAAGGUAGCGGCGGAUAUCGGCACUCAGGGGACAGCGAUAACGAGUGGAAAGACGAGGAGGAGAGCGAGGAAAGCAAUGGCAGAGGGCGUGGGGAGAGCAGAUUCUGGUCCGGUUCGCGACAUCCGAGGUUUGACGCACCGGGCUUCGAAGAUAGAUCGUUUUACGAGGAGAGCGGAGAAAAGCGAGACCGCAGCUUUCGCGAGAGGAUGGGCAGAAAGUCGCGCGGAGCACCCUGGACCAAAAGUAGCGGCAGUCACCGUCCGCGCGAUCCAUCGCCUUGGCACGAGGAGAGUCAAUGGGACGACGAAGGCCCAAGACGGUAUCCACAUCGGAAGGUGCAGCCCUACAAGGACGACGAGGAUCAAUACGAGGCGCACUGGAAAUGUCGGCCCAAGCCACCGCCGCAGCGAUGUAACUGGAGCCACGAUGUUCACGGUUCGUAUUACGACGACGAGCGCAAGCGGAAGCUGAUGCUGUGGAACGAGGAGGAUCGAUUUGGCAGCCAGGAGAGCAUGGGCUACGACGAGGAGGAUCGCUGGAGCAGAAGAAGAUACGAGAGAAGACGCUGGGAGGAAGACGGUAGAUUCUGGAGCAGAAGAGGGCCUCCCGACGCCGAUUAUCCUAUGAGAGAGGCAUAUUAUUACUAUCGCGAGAGCAGAGAAAGACCUCACGAUUACCCGUCCUGGGACGAGGAGUACGCUUCCGAACGUCCAGGUGAUGACUCACCCAGGUACAAUCCAGCUGGCAGAAAGAGACACUGGCCGAAGAGGCCCAACAGCGCAAACGACGGCCGCAACAGCGACAUGCUAUACCUGGAUUCGCGUAAAUUUGGCGGCGCCUCUAGAUCCGAGUGCAGCGACAACGAUUCCGAUCCGUACCUACGACCCUCCCAGCGAUCCAGGAGUCGCGAGAGCUACUGGGGUAGCGAUCAAGAGUACGAUAGUUGGGUGGAGCGACCCUAUUGGUCCGAGGGCCCCGACUCAAAGAGCGAAACGAUGCAUCGCAAGCGGAUAGCCAGGCACAAGACGCGGCAGACUCAGAAGACCCAGAGCCCGUUCGAGGACGAUUUCGCGCAGAGCGUUGAACACGCGGAGCCUUCCACCGCUGGUCCAGGUGUGGCUGAACCAUUGGCACCGAUGGACGCGCGCGUACGAUUGGAGAUGACCGAACCGAAACGAGAACCGCCGCCACCUGUGAGUCCUUCUGGCGUCAGAGGCUCCAAGGAUCCUCCGAGACGGGAUGUAAGCGGCCGACCGACCGAAUACGGCAAACGGUCGAGCUAUUUCGAAGACGAUCUCACGCCCACGGCCAGCGCGUCCAGCGACGCCUCCGACCGGCCGAGAUUGUCGUCCGAUUUCAAGGCCACGCCGGAGGAGCUGCCGUGUGACACCAGCAAGGAUCCGCAGCAACCCGUCGACGGUUUCGUUUCGGAAGACAGCGGUCGCGAUUCCUUCUUCAACGGCGAUCUGAGAUUCGACGACGACGCCUUCGUCUUUAAAUCCGAGCUGGAUGACAACGUGCCGGAUCAUCGCGCGACUACAUUGCCGCUGAAGAAUUCCAGGCAGGGGAAGUACGGGCCGGGGAAUAACAACAAUAAUAAUAAGGCCAGGGGUGAUCAGUACAUACGGAAAUCGGAGUCGGUGAAUAUCUUUGCGAGGGAAAGCGAUCCAUUCGACGGCGAUGAUUUCUUCAACUGAUCGAAUUGUCGAAAUGUGACCAACGACAAGAGCAACGGUCGCUAAAAUUCUGCACUGAAUUCAACGACAUCGGUGCGGACUAGAUAAUUGAAACUUGAAUGUGUGCGUUAGGUGCGUGUGUAAGAAAGAAUGAAAGGGAGAAAGAGGGACUGCGUGAGACGGUGUUCGUCGCGUAUCGGGAAAACGUCGACGUGAAAAAUGGAUUCAUCGCUAUACUUGAUUCUUGUCAAAAGCUGUAGCAGUUUUAACGUAGCGAAAUUGAGGAGAAAGCUUCGAACGGAUGUGCGGAAUAUAUCGUUGUCUAUUACGGUUUUUCGUUAUGCUUGCUUUGUAUUGUGAGAUUCUUUCGAAAAAUUUAUUUUCUCUUCCAUUGAGAUUGAUGGAAUUGAUUAAUCAUUGUAACAUCUUGUAUAUUUUAUCCUCGAUUAAUUUCAAACAUUUGUGUCCACAUUUCUUAGCGCGAAUAAAUUUAUUUCAUCAUAAAGAAAGGAAUACGCUUGAAAAUCGAUAACUAAUCUUAUGUUCGAAAUUUCUAAUAACGGAAUACAAUCAUUCCAUAAAGAAACUAGUCACUAUUUUAACGAAUCUGUACAUAAUACUAUUGAUGUGUUUAGAAUCGAUUUACGGAGAGUGUGAGAAAAAGAGAGAUAUCAAUAUGUGAUUGAAUACAAUUGUGUAUUGCGUAAUCACGUAAAUCAAUAAUUGUUAAUAUCGUAUUAUAUAUAUUUAUUUAUAUAUUUAAUUUAUGUAUAUUUAUUAUGAAACGACUCGAUGACUUUUGUCGUUUCGCAAAAAAAAAAAAAAAAAAAAAUGUGAGCGGUUUAAUUUCAAUUGUCCUGUUGAACGAACAAUUCUCUAGUCAUGUGUGCGUAACCGUUGCGUUGGGAGCUUCGCAAAAGAACAAAUAACCGAUAGCGCGCGUUUUUGGGGAGAAAUCAAAACAUGAUUUUUAUACAUUUUUAACUAGCACGGGGAUCGAUUACGUUGCAUUAGGCGUUCGUACGACGACGACACGUAUCCUUCUGUGCAUGCUCCCAUCGAUUCGCUUUUCGGUUACGCGAUCGAUAAAAAUUGCUCUUAUUCGUGAGAGACAGCAAAGAAUGGAUAAUUAUGUUUGCAAAGACAGUUAUUAUUUAUAUUCAUGCUUUUAGUGUCUGACAUGUAUGAACAAAUUUAUAUAUAUUAUUUUAUGUACAUGUAAGAUCAGGUUGGU